AUGUCGGCUCCCAGUCAUCCUUCCCAACAAGCAACGGAGCCCUGGUCGAGCGACAACAACCAGCCCCCACCCUCCGACCAGUGGUCGACGAGCGAGCAUGGCGUCGCUGAAACCGUCGAAGCGGUCGAGAACGUCAUCAUCGCCGACGACAGCAAGCCGCUGCCUCCUCUCCCGCCCCUCCCUCCUCCUCCGGCUCUAUCCUCCAUUCCGCCUGUGCCGCCACCACCGCCCAACCGCAACUCCUCUCUCAGUCCGACAGAGCCCAUCCUCAUCCUCCCCGAACCAUCCCUCUCCCCACCCAGCACCGUCCCCCGCACGCCGCUCCCGCCCCUACCGAGCGUGAAGGCAGCAAUCCCAGCAGCGAUGUGCGAGGCGCCCGCGUUCCUCCCGCCCCCGUCUCCGUCGCCUGACGAGUACAACUACCCCGCUACACCGCCCGCCUCUGCUGAGACACACGAAACGACUGACGCGAGUGGAGUGGGUGAAGGGAAAGGGGCGCAAGGUGGAUCGGGUGGCGGUGCGAAAGACACGGACAGGGAGCAGAUGGAGGCGCAGAUGCGGAAACUGAGGGAGGAGAUUGCGGCGCUCCAGCGGGAUCUGGAGGGCGUGCGAUGA